AUGGGGCGGGGGAGGGGGCGGCCGCGGCCGCGGCUGGUGGGGUACGACGAGCUGCCGGAGUUCCUGCGGGACAACGAGUUCAUCCGCGGGUACUACCGCGCCGAGUGGCCCCUCCGCGACGCCCUCCUCAGCGCCUUCGCCUGGCACAACGAGACCCUCAACGUCUGGACCCACCUGGGCGGGUUCCUCCUCUUCCUCUUCCUCGCGCUCGCCGGAGCCGCCAGCCAGACCGCCGCCGAUGUCGCGCCGGGGAUCAUCAGGUUUGUGGUCGGAUCAGCCAAUGCUUCAUGGCAGACUAGCGAUCAUUCGGGCGUGCAGGUGAGCCAUGGCGACGCGGCGGCGGCGGCGCUGCUGGGCGGCGUGCCGCGGUGGCCGCGGACGGUGUUCCUGGUGGGCGCCAUGGCGUGCCUGGCGAUCAGCGCGGCGGCGCACCUGCUGGCGUGCCACUCCCGCCGCGCCAGCGUCGUCUGCUGGCAGCUCGACUACGCCGGCAUCUCCGCCAUGAUCGUCGCCUCCUUCGUCCCGCCGGUGUACUACGCCUUCCUCUGCCACCGCCCGGCGAGGGUGGCCUACCUCUCCGCCAUCUCGGCGCUGGGCGCGCUCGUCGUCGGCGCGCUGCUCUCCCCGUCCUGCUCGUCGCCGCGGUUCCGGCGGCUGCGCGCGGCACUGUUCCUCGCCAUGGGCCUCUCCGGCGUCGUCCCGGCGGUGCACGCGCUGUUGCUCAACUGGGGGCACGCCGCCUGCUACCUGGCGCUCGCCCUCGAGCUGGCCAUGGGGCUCGCCUACGCCGCCGGCGCCUGGUUCUACGUCAGCCGCGUGCCGGAGAAGUGGCGCCCGGGCGUCUUCGACGUCGUGGGCCACAGCCACCAGAUCUUCCACGUGCUCGUGCUCGUCGGCGCCGUCACCCACUACGUCGCCGUCGACGUGCUGCUCAACUGGCGGGAGACGGUGGCCGCCUCCUGCAGCGCCGCGCCGUAGACUCGUCUCCUCCUCCUAGCC